AUAGCGAUGGUUGUUAAGUUUAUGUCAGGAUGUUUCCUAUCUACUGUUAAAAGGCUUGUGCACAUUGUCUCUGUUUCUUUAGCUAUUAGCAAAACUUCUCUUGGUGUAGCAUUAAGUAUGUUUAUAUUCUAUGGCAGGGGACGUGUACAAUGGGAUGAAGCUAAUAUAGUGGAAAUUGAAUCCAACAAACCUGUUAGGCAGAAGAUUACCGAGCCAAAGACACCCUAUCACCCACCGUAUCACCCCAUGAUUGAUGACGAUGGUUCACUGUCUUCUAGAGUAAGAUCGUUUGACAACUUUGUUGAAAUGCAUCGUGCGGAAGAACUAAAGAAUGAUCUGAACGAUUUAGCUUCUUCUAGUAAAAUUAUCAGCCACAGGUCUGAUUCCGGUGAGUGGAGCUCGUCAGAGGAUGAGGCAGAUCCUGUGGAUCAACAUGAAGAAGAUUGUGAGGGCGGAAAAAACACAAGUUUCAACGAACAUAGACGGGUUCACUAUGACGAGUUUCGAAUGGUAAAGGAGAUGAGAUCCUCUGGCUCUUUCUAUGGUGAAGACGCAGAAGUGGAUGAUGGUGCCAAAACGGGUAAACCAGAGGCAACAAUCUCACAGAACACUCCAGGUUCCGUAGAGGCGAUAUCUUCAGGAAAGUCAUCUUCUUCCUCUACUUGAUGAACGUAUUGUCACACUACGGUGUUAUGUCUGGAUUAUACAGAAGUUCCAACUUUAUAUUUAUAAGAAAUUAAGAACAUCUUAUUGCAUUUUGUAGGGGUGGGCGUUCGGGUACCCGUUCGGGUUCGGAUCGGGUAUUUCGGAUUUUCGGGUAUUUCGGUAUAGGAGUAUAAUAUCCGUUCGGGUAUUUCUGAACUUCGGAUCGGGUUCGGGUAUUUUUAGUUAGGGUUCGGUUAUUUUGGAUUGGGUUCGGAU